AUGGCGGAAAACACUCACUUGCGCAGGGAGCUGAAUGCACUGCACGUGGCCGACGUGCCGCUGAUUGACCAGAAGACAUGUUCGCUUGUCAGCGAGUACAAAAAUCAAGUGACAGACCAUAUGAUAUGUGCAGGUCUCGAAACUGGGGGUGUCGACUCGUGUAAUGGAGAUAGUGGUGGACCAUUACAGUGUCAGAUAGACGGAACAUGGUAUCAUGUCGGUAUUACAAGCUGGGGCGCAGACGAGUGUGCCGAGCCCCGCAAGCCUGGUGUCUACACAGAUGUGUCUAAAUACACAGACUGGAUCUAUACACAGAUCUUCAGUGAUAAUACAGACAGAAACGCAUGACAACGGUUUCCAUGGAUAACAUAAACUAUUGCAAACUUUGUGCAUGCGCUCUUAGAUAAUAAAAUGAUGUGCAAACCAUAUUAUUUGCUUAUUUUUGUUACUUUGGAAGGCAAGGUUACUUUCCA